CUUCGCUUGCGCGCACGUGGAGGAAGGGCGAAGUUGAAGAGGGAGUAGGAGGUAGCAGCAGUAGCUAGCAGCAGUAGGAAGAAGAGGAGUAGGGUGUAGCAGCAGGUAGCAGCAGCAGUAGCUAGCAGCAGUAGGAGGAAGAGGAGUAGGGUGUAGCAGCAGGUAGCAGCAGCAGUAGCUAGCAGCAGUAGGAAGAAGAGGAGUAGGGUGUAGCAGCAGGUAGCAGCAGUAGCUAGCAGCAGUAGGAGGAAGAGGAGUAGGGUGUAGCAGCAGGUAGCAGCAGCAGUAGCUAGCAGCAGUAGGAGGAAGAGGAGUAGGGUGUAGCAGCAGGUAGCAGCAGUAGCUAGCAGCAGUAGGAGGAAGAGGAGUAGGGUGUAGCAGCAGGUAGCAGCAGCAGUAGGUAGCAGCAGUAGGAGGAAGAGGAGUAGGGUGUAGCAGCAGGUAGCAGCAGCAGUAGGUAGCAGCAGUAGGAGGAAGAGGAGUAGGGUGCAGGAGGAGGUAGCAGCAGUAGCUAGCUAGCAGUAGGAGUAGAGCAGCAGCGAAGAAGGAGAGAGUAUUAUUAUUUGGUUCUUUCGGUUAAGUCACGUCUAAAGAUAAAAUAAAAAAUUAAAUAAAAUUGUUUUUAUUUAAUUUAUUAUUUUAUCUUUAGACGUGACUUAACCGAAUAAUAAUUCCUGCAGUCACGAAAGUUCUAAAAUUAAGAAGGAGAGGAGUAGUAGUAGGAGCAGGUCUCUGUGGUAGCAAUGGCUUGGGCACUGCAGACACGCUCGCUUGCCCUGCGCAUGUCGUCGUGCCCCUGGGCACCGCUGCUGCUACAACAACGUGGCUCCUCCGUCUACCGGAGCAUCUACAGCUUGGACAAGCUGCACCCGCCAGGCGGGGCAGACGUUCAGGCGACGUUGAGCAGCGCCAAGGAGACGAGCGGAGAGACUCAUGAAUACGCCGGAGACAUUCCUGUUGAUCGUUUAAAAGUUUCCUACAGCCGGAGCAGCGGACCUGGAGGACAAAACGUGAACAAAGUGAACACCAAAGCCGAGGUUCGGUUCCACGUGGCGAACGCCGACUGGCUGCCGCAGGACAUCCGGGACAAGCUGCAGGAAAAGUACAAGCACCGCAUCGUGCGCUCCGGCGAGCUGAUCGUGACGUCGCAGGCGAGCCGCUACCAGAUGCGCAACCUGUCCGACUGCCUGCUCAAGCUGCGCCUGCUCAUCGGCGAGGCGGUCACCACCCUGGUGCACGAACGCCGGCAGGAGAGCCCCGAGGAAGCGGCCGUCCGACGCGGCAGGGUGGAAGCAAUGAACAGAGAGCGACUGAGACAAAAGAGGCUCCACUCGUCCGUCAAGAGCGAUCGGCGGGACCACGACGACUGAGCUUUCGGCGGAUCGAGGCUCACUGCCACAUUCGCCAAACGCCUCUCUCUCCCACAAAGCACCUUGAUUCAAGCGGUGGUGGGGAGCCCACAGAUUGGGUGAAGAUUUCAUUUCAUCCGGCACCGUGGCCGCAACACCAGGCCUUGACGACGAGGAAACGUCGGCUCGCGAAAGAAGAUAUUCAUCCUAGAUUUGAAGCUUUCGUGACUGCAAGGAUUCGUGUUUUUAGGUUUUUUCGGUAAAGUCACGUAGGUAAAAAAUUAAUAAAAGUAAAAUAAAAAUAAAAUAAAAAUCAUGACGUUUCGGAGGCAACACAAGCUUCCGUCUUCAGGUGGUACCCGAAACGUCGUGAUUUUUAUUUUACUUUUAUUAAUUUUAAAUUUUUACCUACGUAACUUUACCGAGAAAACCUAAGAAUAAGAUAUUCAUCCAUCGCUGCAAACGCCCUAGCCGCUCUAAUCGUGAACCGAUAGAGGAAUUCUUUCAACCUGGUUGUCAAUUUAUUUUAGUUUUCUUCUAAAAUUUGCGACAUGGCAGAGUAGCCCAAGUAGCCACUAGAGCAGUGGAUUAUUAACCUUUACUGCAGCCCAGAGGUCGCAACCGGGUACCCGAUACCCGUACCCUACCCGAUACCCGGCUACCCGUACCCGGCCGGGUAUGGGUACUCGUUUGCGACCCUGGUGCGGCCGGGUACGGGUAGGCCGUGAGUCACUGGUGAGUCACCGUUUGUCACUCAUUUCCCAACGUCUUGUCUCUUCUCACAAUUCAAGUUCCUAGAAUCAACCCACCCGCGCCUGCAACAUGGCUUCAUCCCAGAGGUCGCAAUCAGGUACCUGAUACCCGUACCCUACCCGUACGGGUACCUGUUUGCGACCCUGGUGCGGCCGGGUACGGGUAA